CAACAAUAUAAACGUAAUGGCCGCUUGCUUGUCUGUCAGUUCGGCGUCGUCAAUACCUAAUUAUUUUAUUUUAGAAAAUUAGUGCUAAAUACGUUCUGGAAGUGCAGUAUUUGUAUAUUAAUAAUUAAAUAGCUAUUAUGGCGGCAGUACAAGGUGGUCCUGGUAACAAAAUGUGGCCAGCGCGUCCUGGAAUGCAGCACCAGAAUGGUCAAAACAACGCCAAUAAUUUAACAUUAAAUAGGACAAUAAAUCUAUAUCCAUUGACUAAUUACACAUUCGGAACUAAAGAACCCUUAUUUGAGAAGGAUGCGUCGGUGCCCGCCAGGUUUCAGAGGAUGAGAGAGGAGUUUGUCAAAAUUGGAAUGAGAAGGUCAGUGGAAGGAGUCCUCCUGGUACACGAGCAUGGUCUACCCCAUGUACUGCUCCUGCAGCUUGGGACGGCAUUCUUCAAAUUGCCCGGCGGGGAACUAAACCCUGGAGAGGAUGAGAUUGAAGGCCUGAAACGUCUGCUGACGGAGACACUCGGGAGGCAGGAUGGGGUUCAACAGGAGUGGCUCAUUGAAGACACCAUCGGCAACUGGUGGCGGCCGAACUUCGAGCCCCCUCAAUACCCUUACAUCCCCCCCCACAUCACCAAACCCAAGGAGCACAAGCGAUUGUUUCUCGUCCAACUCCAGGACAGAGCGUUGUUCGCAGUACCAAAGAAUUAUAAAUUGGUAGCGGCUCCUCUAUUCGAGUUGUACGAUAACGCUCAAGGAUACGGGCCAAUCAUAUCAUCGCUGUCACAAAGCCUGUGUAGGUUUAAUUUCGUUUAUAUGUAAUCCAGAGAUUUGGUAGAGUUUUGUGUUGUCCCCGUGAUGUAUAGGAAUUUCAAUUCAGAAUAUUAAGAGUAUUUGUUGUUUAUAAAUUGAAAUAUACAAUUGGGCCACAUUUCCGAGCAUCAAGUUCAGUUCUUUUCACUGCUAAGACUGCAGGCCGCUUACUAUCAUCUGUUAAU